CCCUGUGGGGGGAGGAAGGCCCCCAAGAUGGCGAUGCUGGCGGAGCCCCGGAGAAAGCAGAAGUGGUCCGUGGAUCCACGGAACAGCGCUUGGAGUAAAGAUGACUCUAAAUUCGGCCAGAAGAUGCUGGAAAAGAUGGGCUGGUCCAAAGGAAAGGGUCUUGGGGCUCAGGAACAAGGAAAUCCAGAACACAUCAGGGUGAAGGUGAAAAACAACACGCUGGGAUUAGGAGCAAACAUCAACAACGAGGACAACUGGAUUGCUCAUCAGGAUGACUUCAACCAGCUCCUGGCUGAACUGAAUAGUUGCCAUGGACAGGGUGAAACAGAGCCCUCAGUGAAAAAUCAGAAAAAGACAUUCAGCCUCGAAGAAAAAUCCAAAUCUUCCAAGAAACGUGUCCAUUAUAUGAAGUUUGCCAAAGGUAAGGACCUCUCAUCCUGCAGUGAACAUGAUCUGUCCUGCAUAUUUGGGAGGAGACAGAAGAGUGGGAAGACACAGGAGGAUAUUACUGAUCCUGAGUCUCAGGAAGACAGGGAGAAGAAGGACUGGCCCUCUGACCCUGCAGAUGGUUCCAAUACAGUGAAGAGCGUUCUCACUGUGCAGGAAUAUUUUGCCAAGCGCAUGGCAAAGCUGAAGGGAUCUCAGAAGGAACCAGAAACAAAGGUGGAUAAUUCCAGCCCAACGGCUGAUGAAGCUUUGGAUCCUGUGGAAGAGCUGGAAACCAAAGUGAAGAAGAAAAAGAAGAAGCAGAAGAGAGAUGAGGAGGCAGAAAGGACAGAGCAUUGCGAGAAACAGCCUGAAACUGGUGGUGUGGAUGGGGAGGAACUGGAUACUCCAUUAAAUGAAUGUCACAGAGGGAAAAAGAAGAGGAAACAUAAAGAGCAGCACGAAGGAGAAAACACCAGUUGUGAUGAAAAUAUGGGCUAUGGAGAAAUUUAUGUGGGAAUAGCUGAUGAGGAGGAUCUCGGUGUAAGGGACCAGGAGGAAAAGCAGAAGAAACGCCAUAAGAAGAAACACAAAAGGCAAAAGGAGGAGGUGGAGGAGUGUGUGGAAGGAGCCCCCAGGAAGAAAAAGAAGCACUGCAAGCACAUUUGACCAUUUCAGAGUCAUGCUGGGGCUCUGAGGUGAAUUAGAGGAGGACUCUGUGUAAGCUCAGCAGCAAACACGUCGUGUCCCAGGAUAGAACACGGUGCUCCACCUCCAGCUGGGACCACGGCCUGGGUUCAAGUGUCUCUUCCAAAGGAGAACGUGGUGAUGGGCCAACAUGAGCUUCAGUGCCACAUUAAAAAGGGACCCAGCACAUGGUUCAGACUGUGAAAGGCAGGGAACUACUUUCUGCUGCUUCACACUGACUGUGUUUUUCCCAAUCUAGGAAAAAAUAGCAAAAAAAGGCACCAAACUACUGCCUUUUUUAUUAAAGUUGUUUUCAUUUGUGAGAGCCCAGCUCUGCUUCUGGAAACAGGAGGGGGUUUGCAAAGCUGUUUGUGUUUUUUCACUGAUUUUUGCAAAGUGGUGUCUGAUUUUUUCAUUGAUCUCCUCUUACAACUAAAAUGAAUGUUGUUUCUUCCCAAAAUACUUACCCUGAUUAAAGGUUUACAGCCGAGUUUCAGUACUAGAGGAUGAAAUAAAAAUGCCUCCCUGUGUUUUCAGACCAGUUGUUUAACUGUUGUGAAACAGCUGUAAAUUUGCACCAAAGCUAAAGGAACUGUGUAUUAACCGUAUAUUCUUAUUUAGAUGUGCAUUAACCAUAUCAUUUAUUAACCAUAUCUAAAUCUGUCAUUCUCAGGCAAUAUUCAGGGUCUCUUCAGUGAUGCAUCUGGCAUUCAGGAAGUUGGAUAGACCAAGUUUUUUUCUGAAAUUAAGAGACCAGUAGAUUUUCAAAGCAGUCAGAUGCGUUAGUAUUGCCACUUCCACGUUGAAAACUUGCAGUUUAGAUUUAUAACCAAAUUAGAGCUUGUUCCUAAUUGUGAGCCUGGAAAUAAGUAAUGCUGGAACUUAGCACUGCCAGGAGAGGUUUUGUGUGAGAUCUUGAACGGUCAGCAUGAAUUUUGAUGUGUUAAUAUCUCUCAGUUAAGAGCUGUCAGGAGAGAUGGGUGAGCUUGGAAGUGGUGGAAUGGGAAGAAGGAUUCACCAUCCUGGUGUCCUGCUCUGAUAUUCCUUCGGCCACAGCAAAUGGACAGCACAUCCCUGAAAACCAGCCAGUUGUCCUGGCCUAAUCCAGAAUUCAAAUCCAUUAGCUGCUUGUUUCAUUAAGGCCUGGCUGUGUCUCAUCAGUGUAAAUCUAAAACACCCCAUUGGCUGCUCUGCUGAAUAAAAUGGGUACAUUUUUAUAUUGUCUUAGCUCAGUGGAGUUGCUUAACAGGGUUUGAGAAACAUUGUCAAGAUGCAGAUGUUAAUAUGAAAAAAAUUUCCUUCAGCUGCCUUUAUUGUCCAGUGGAAGGAACUUCAUCUGCAGCACAGACCACAUGGCUUUGGGUGUUUGAGUUGCAGCUGAACUCUUCCUUUUUUUAAGAUCUCUUGGUUUCCAGUGCACCUUUUUUUUUUUUGCCCUCAGGACAUGCUCAUUCAUUGCUGCAAAAUUACUGUAGUUUUACUUAUUGUAUGGGAGAACAAGAUGCCUUUCUUUGUGUUUCAUGUCACAUGCCAGUGGUUUUUAACCCUUAAAGCAUCUCCUUUUCAGGAGAAAUACAAUUAUUGUCCAAUAUAAUCCUGCUUAUUCCUUGCUUCCUUAAAUGAACAACCACUUAAUGCCAUCAGGUUGCAUUGAAGUUGGGAGUAAACUCCAUGACUGAGGUGAAAAAAUAAUCUUUAUGUUACCUCUUUGAAUUUUUGUUUAUUAGUAGAAUGCAAAAGUCUGAAUGUUUUCAAAUUUUUUUAACUCUCAAGCAGCUGAACUUCACAGUUUGAAUUUUUGUUUAUUAGAAUCCAAAAGUCUGAUUGUUUCUAAUUAAUUUCUUUUUUUUUUUAACUCUUAUGCAGCUGAACUUCACAUCCUCUCUGGGAUUUCAAUUGCAAAAGGUGCUAGUCAAGGAAUAAGGUUUCCUUCUCCAAAUCCUGCUGGACUUGUUUGUUUGUUCCCUCUAUUAAUCUUCCAGUUUCUGUGUGCUAAUUCUUAUGGGUGUUUGGCCACAUUCCAGUACCAGUUACAGAAAGAGUAAAACCGGGAAUAAAUCUUUAAAUUUAUGGUGUCACUGCAGUUAAGUGCAGUAUACCCAGGAAUUUAAAUCUGGCUCAGAUGGAAGUAUGAGCUACAAAUGGAAGAUUCUCUCUUUCUACAAGAAAUACAUGGCACUUUAUCCCAGGAAAUGUGGGAUUGUAAUGUGCCUCAAGCUCUGCGUGUGGUUGUAGGGGGGAAAAAAUCCUAAUAAAUAAAUAAAUAAAUAAUCAUAAAUCAUAAAUUGCUUGUAUUUGACACAAGCAAUUCGUUUAAGUGCCCUGCUCUGUGUUAGUGGUCAGCCCUCGCUGUGUUAUUCAAAUGAAAGGCUCUUCUUACAAGAUACUGCCCAGUGAAAUUGGAACAACAGGAACACGUUUCAAAGUAAUAAAUUAUAUUUAAUUUUUUUUGUUUGUAGUGGGUUGUGAGUUCAGUUUUAAGCAAACCCCGGUUUGGCAAGAAGGUCUUUUUUAGAAAGCAUAAGAAAAAGAAUGACAUCACUGCCCAAGUGGUGGAAUUAGCAGAAUGUGAGCACAAAAGGAACGACUUGGUUUCAUUUCCGCGAAAAUCGUACUUUUAAACUAACGGGGCCUUUUGUUACACAUUUCUCCAUUGUCCCUAAUUUAUCCGUUGUACUCCCACAUUGCAGCACAAAAUGAUGUUCCUCCAAGUGGAAUUACCUAGAAACUGAGCAAAACGGGGCUCUGCUUUCACGCCCAAGCGGAGGACGAUGCACACGCAGCACAGAUAUUGAAACGUGUUCGGUUUUGGUAACCCCAGGUCACCAGUGACAGAGAAGAAGAUUUUCCUUUUUGCACUGGCAACAUUCCAACAUGAUGGAUUCUCAUGAGUUAUUCCAUUCUUUGCAGGUUUAGGGGUUGUUCUUUGCUUUGAUCCUCGGAAUUCCCUGUGGGCUCCACGGCCGCUGACGUGGUUUGCAAGUGAAAUGUUAGAGCAGCAGUAGCAAAGGUGCUUGGAAAUCCUGCAAGCACUGAACUAUCCUGGGAAACAGAGGCCAUGGAAAAGUAGUCCUGGUACCAGCAUUAGACCAAAGUCUGCGUGAGCUUUAUGGGCUUUAGGAGUUUUGAUCUUGGUGUGUCUGAGUGUGGAGCUUUCCUUGGAGCCACAGAUGGGAUUCCACACUGGUGCACUCUGUGACAACCCCCAUCUGUGGAACAGGCACCAUUCCUGGAAUUUCCUUCCAAGAUAUUCUAGCUCUAGUGCUUUACACACAGCCAGUGUAAAUCAGAAUCAUGGAAUCCUUAAGGUUGGAAAAGCCCUCUGAGAUCAUCGAGUCCAAGUGUUCCCCCUGCACUGCCAAGGCUACCACUGAGCCAUGUCCUCAGGUGCCCUGUAGUAGAAACCAGGGUGUGAGUUUAAAACAUAAAUGCAAGACACUUUUAAAGAUUUCAGAGCCACUUACCCUUGGGUUUAAGUGAAUUUGAGUCCAUUUGAUGGUAUCCAAGAUGCUGCUGGAAAUUGUGAAUUGAAGGGGCUGGAGCGUGUCCAGGGAAGGGCAUGGAGCUGGGGAUGGGGCACCAGGAGCAGCUGGGAGGCUCAGCCUGGAGAAAAGGAGGCUCAGGGGGGACCUUCUCACUCUGUGCCUCUCUGACAGGAGGGGAGAGUCAGGGGGUGUCAGGCUCUGCUCCCAGGGAACAAGGGACAGGAUGAGAGGAAAUGGCAUCAAGCUGUGCCAGGGGAGGGUCAGGUUGGAUAUUGGGAACAG